CGCUUGCAGAAAACAAUCAAAUUUAUCAUGGUCAGGCUAGGAAGUAUUGAACACGAAGGAAAGACAAAGCUCGUUGCCCAGCUCCCGUCUGGGUAUUGCGAUUUAUCAUCUGUCGCGGACAACGCUCGCGAUUUUUUCUUGGUUGGGGGUUUGGAGCGAGCGAAAGAACUGGUGGCGGCAGCUUCGUCGUCUCCGAACUCUUCACCAAACUUCAUCCCAGCGGAUGGCUGUCGGCUGUUAGCUCCCAUAGAUGGGUCACUAGUGGGGAAGUUUUUGUGCAUUGGAAUGAAUUACAAGGCAAGUUGGUCGAUACCUCGAAACAAUUUGAUGGCACUAUGAAAUACCGUUGGCUACUGACAUCUGGCACUCACAAAUUGUUCUAUGAUCAAAACAUACAAUCGACCAAAACAGGACCACUGUACCGAACAAAACGUGCCUAUUCCAGUGGAACCAGUCGUAUUCUCCAAGUUUGGUCAAUGUAUAUGUGGUCCGGACACGCCCGUCGCAAAAGACGAGCACACUGAAAAAUUGGAUUACGAGGUCGAGUUGGGAGUUGUAAUUGGAGCCUCCGUGCCGCGUUAUACUUCCAAAGAAAAUGCAUCUAAGUAUAUUGGAGGUUUUACGGUUAUACAUGACGUGUCUGCCAGGUAUGUAUUUGAGGUGUGGCAAAUUUGCACGGAUUUUAKCGGUCUGUCUUCCGUUCUCUUAUUUUUCUUUCAUUGGAACAACUAUUGAUCUGGGUUUAUGAUAUAAAAGAGACUGGCAAUUAGAAAAAAAUGGAGGUCAAUGGCUCUUGGGAAAAUCAAUGGAUUGUUAUGCGCCAAUGGGUCCGGUUAUCGUUACCACAGAUGAAUUGACCCUAGAGGCGGUGCACAAAACGGGCAUUCGAUGCCGUGUCAACGGAGAAACUCUUCAAGACUCGAAUACUGAUGAGUUGGUUUUUGGUGUUGAUGAUAUUAUUGCAUAUGUGUCGCGUUUCAUGACACUUCGUGCUGGAGACAUUUUGGCCACCGGUACACCCCCURGUGUCGGAUGUUUUAGGAGCCCUCCGCGAUGGCUAGUGCCUGGCGAUGUGGUGGAAUGUGAAAUUGAUGGAAUCGGCACACUAACUUCGCCAAUUGUAGGUCCGUUGGCGAAGUCAGGACCAGAAAAUGCAGGCAAGAAUGCUGCAUUGGCUGCUCAUUCACCCUUGAUGAGAGGGCAACUAUAUGGAAAGGCAACUGCGUGUAUCGUUACAGGGGGUGCAAGAGGACUCGGGURUGGAAUUGCAGCCCGCUUGGGUAUGGAAGGUGCAAACAGAGUAGUAAUCGUGGACUUGGAUAAAGCAUUGAUUGACGAAGUUUGCAAGAGAUUGAAUAGAUUGAUACCGAGCUGCCACUAUGUUGGUGAACCAUGUGAUGUAGGAGACGAUAAGGCAGUAAGUGAAAGUUGGGGGAAAAUCGCUGAAAGUAAUAAUGGAAGGAUAGACAUCCUCGUCCAAGCAGCGGGAAUAGUGGGUAAAACCAACCUGAAGACAGAAGAUGUUGAUCCUGAAAAUUUUGAUGCCGUUAUGCGAGUCAAUGUCCGUGGUAUUUUCAACGGAUGCAAAGCGGUCCUUCCUUACAUGAGAGAAAAAAAGUACGGCAGAAUUGUAAACAUUUCUUCGAUUGCAGGAAAGGAUGGCAAUGCGGGUAUGCUUGCAUACUCAACAAGUAAGGCGGCUGUUAUCGGACUGACCAAGACAAUCGGGAAGGAAUACGCCGAGAUGGGCAUUACCUGCAAUGCUCUCUGUCCAGCGGUUGUACGAACCCAAAUGGUUGAAGCAAUGCCUACCGAGCAGGUGAAGUAUAUGACGGACAAGAUACCAAUGAAGCGGUGUGGAACAAUUGAUGAGAUAGGUACGCCUCUCUAAUUUUCGUUGAUCUAUUGCAAAACCAAGAGAGAACUCUAAUGAAUCAAUUCACGUGUCGGAUCUUUUUUUUCUAUGUGUUCGCGUGUAAUUUUUUUGUUAAUUUUUGUGAAUGUUGUCUCACCUACGAACAUUUAUUUUCUUCAUGGCGAUUAUUUGAUUUCAGCUGCAAUGGUGGUAUUCAUGGUGUCGCCGGAGACAAGUUUUACAACAGGAUUCUGCUUCGAUGCCACAGGUGGAAGGUCUGUGUACUAGAUCUUUUAUUUUUAAAUAUGGUUUUAUCAGUCGCUCAUCGCAGCCAAGAAUAAGACGUAUAAAUUUUGUGCGGUACUCAAUGUAAUAACCCUCAGGAAUUGCUCAUAAUUCAUCAUAAGAAAUAACGAUGGGAUUUCGUAUUAAUCUCUGGGAUAGGGACGUCUCAGAUUGAGUUCUUCUCUAUUUAAUUCGACUCCAAAUCCAGGUUUAUCCGUUAGAUCAACGUAGCCAUUCUUUGGCAGGGGUUCGUUUUUAAACAAAUUGCCGAAAAAGCUGACAAUCGUAUCUGCCUUUGGAGACAUGACUAGGAACUCGGCAAUGGGGCAACUGGGAAAACAAAUUUGUAAAUGAUAUGAAUAAACAGAGGAUCCGUGUGGUAUGACAGGGAUAUCAAAUGCACUUGCAAGAGCGACAAUGCGUCGUGCUUCAGUCAUUCCUCCACACCCUUGUGUGUUUGCAGUUGAUUGCAGAAUUCGGUAUUCGCGAGUAGAAAGGUGAGAGAGAUCUUCAAAAUUCACCAACAAAACACCUUGUAUGACCACUUACAGGUAAUGUCGGGCUGAAGAACGUCGCAGCAAUUUUUCUGCAGUAGCAUGCGGAAACCCCACCGGGUGUACUCGUGUUCUCCAGUUGUCAAGAGCGUCGUACUGACUUUUUCCUUGAUUUUGGCAUAGCCAUCAUAUUCAUCAGGAGGUAGGGUUUCCUCGAUCCACUUUACGUUAUAUGGUUCACAUCGUCUAGCCAGCUCAAUAGUGUAGGGAACUGUGAGACUCAUGUAACAGUCUAUCAUCAGGGGAUAGUCUUCCCCAACAGCCUCGCGCCACUUCUUGACCAUCUCGAUAUUUUUUCUCAUGCCUUCUUCUCCUUGGGCAGGUCCAAACGGCAGAGGAAAUUUUGCCCCAUGAAAGCCCAUGUCCUGGUACGUGGAGUGGUACAUACACGUGAGUUGGAUAAUUGGCGGCACCAAAUUUUAAUGUUAGAUAGUUAAUGGACGGCAGAAUGAUGUCGAUCGCAAAAAAAUACAGAAAUACAAAUGUUGGCGCCUAAAAGGAUCCGAUCGAACAAAAAGUAACAGAAAAUGAAAUAUAAAUGAUUGUAAUUACCUUUGCAAAGUCUGGUCUGCAGUAGAACAUAUCGACGAAUCAGCUGACUGUGAGAAGUUCCUUCGGUUGAAAAACUACAUGUACAAAACAUAUACGAUUCCGUAGACACGUGUAGUUGASCCUUACCUCGCCGUCGUGGCGUAGACAGGCAUUUUCCCCUUCGUUUUCCCACCUAAUAAUGCAUAUACAGGCAGGCCUCGCAGAUGGCCCAGGGCGUCCCAAAUUGCCAAGUCCAAAGCACUCAAGGCCUAAUACGAGUAUGAAAACAUCGGUUUCAUUUGUUCCAGCGAAAGAAAAUAGAAGAUGUACGAAAGGAUAGCUGCGAUCAGUAUUUUGACCCGCGCAUUUUUGACAAAUAAAUUGCAUGCAGAACAAACGUCUAAAUUUCACAAAAGCAAUWAUGCUCAUCUCAAAAACAGCGAAACGGACCUGUAUGGCGAUGCCCUUUCGACCAUAGUUGAUAGUGGAUCGCCAGCAUUGGUCCCAGAUCAGUUCCACGUUAUUCGGAUCGGCUCCUUCCACGAAGCGUGCCAGGUGUUUUUCAACGAUGUAGCAGGCAGCGUCACCACCGAUGCUGAUUCCCACCCCCACCAUGCCGUUCGAUAGUUCCACUUCCACAACGACGCUACCCAUGGCGUCGAUACCCCAGCUAGUUCUCGAUUUCCUAUAUUGCUCGUACACCGACAUUGGAUUGGCAAUGUCGGAAUCUACAAUCCAGUGGCCUGGUUGUUGCUUGUGACAAUCGGCUCCCCCACCGGAUUCUUUUUCUUGUGCAUCGUCGCCAAAUACAAAKGCGCGGACUGU